CUAUUUGUUGAAUUGAAUACUGAAGUCGUCCUUAGUGAUUUAUAUGUAGGAUAUCAUAAAAUAAGGGUUUAAUACCAUUGAGGUCGUUGAAAGCGUGCCAGAGUGUAAUAGUUUGAUGUUAUUGUUUGUGUUAUGGUUCAUAAUGGUGAUUUUAAUUAUUAUGUAUGUAUGUAGUUAUUGUUUUAUAUGUGUCAUUUCAUAUAGCUAGCAGGUAUUUUGCUAUUAAAGAGAAUGAAUUAUUAAAGGUGAGUUGGAAGAUGUGGUUGGCAGACAAACAUUGUGUCAGAGGCUUUGCAUUGUGCUGGCCUGCAUUUCUGUUCUCUCUCUCCUUCACACACACACACACACACACACACACACACAGCAUGGAAGUCACCCUAUCCUCCUCUCUGUGUAUUCCUAGCCCUGGAGACAUCCAGGGGCAUCUGACAGCAUGGCACACAGCAGGUGAUGUCUCAGUAGAGCUCCAGUUUCCUUCUGCUCCCUCUGGUAAGAGAGCCUAGUCCUCCAACUGUACCUCCUCUACUUGAUCCAAAAUGGCUGCCACCAAAAGCGGUUACGAGGGCAAGAUAGCCGGCCUAUAUGACCUAGACCGCACCUUAGGCAAAGGCCAUUUUGCUGUGGUCAAACUAGCCCGUCAUGUAUUCACAGGCCAGUUAGUAGCAGUCAAAGUCAUCGACAAGACAAAGCUUGAUGACUUGGCGACUGGCCACUUGCUUCAAGAAGUCCGCUGCAUGAAACUCGUCCAACACCCCAAUGUAGUGCGACUGUAUGAGGUCAUCGAUACGCAGACCAAGCUGUACCUCAUCCUAGAGCUGGGCGACGGAGGUGACAUGUACGAUUACAUCUUACGUCAUGAAGGAGGGGUGGCCGAAGACACGGCGAAAGUGCACUUUGCGCAGAUCAUACGAGCAAUAGCCUACUGCCAUCGUCUGCACGUUGUCCACAGAGAUUUAAAGCCGGAGAAUGUGGUGUUCUUCAGACAGCAGGGGACGGUGAAGCUGACAGAUUUCGGCUUCAGUAACCACUUUCAGCCAGGGACCAUGUUGAUGACCAGCUGUGGUUCACUGGCAUACUCUGCCCCAGAAAUACUGUUGGGUGAAGAGUAUGAUGCUCCAGCAGUGGAUAUCUGGUCACUGGGUGUGAUCCUCUAUAUGCUAGUGUGUGGACACCCACCCUUUCAAGAGACCAAUGACAGCGAGACCCUCAUCAUGAUCAUGGACUGUCGCUACAAUGUGCCAAACCACAUCUCUCCAGAAUGCAAAGAUUUGAUUUCACAUAUGCUGCAGAGAGAUCCUGCUAAACGGGCAUCUCUCACAGAGAUAGAGGGUCACCCUUGGUUGCAGGGUGUUGACCCUUCGCCUGCUGGGUACACAGCUGCCCCGCUUACCUCCCACCGCAGCUUGUUACCUGAGGAGCAUGAGUUCAUACUGCAGGCCAUGAUCAGUGGCAGCAUUGCUGACCGAGAUGCCAUCCAGGAAGCACUGGAGGCUGACAAAUACAACCACAUCACAGCUACGUAUUACUUGCUGGGAGAACGACUCCUUCGAGAAAAGCAAGAGCAGCCAAGUCUCUCUCCUGAACAAAGACAUACACAGAGACCCAUGUCAGAACCACUGGACUUGGUAAGCCAAGUGCCCCAGACUGAUACACUAAAAGGAACACCUCUAGGUCCCUUAGCGCCUCUCAGUUCUGUGUCUUCCAGCUAUGUACGACGUGGUGUGAGUGAGUCUGGGGACUUGCUUGCUCCCAAACCCAACCGUCAUGACAACUCCUUCAGUGACUUUUGCAGCAUGGCUCCAUGCUCGAGCCUCAAUCUGCGCCCUCCGGACCAACCUACUGUCAAGAGCCUUGGAGCCUUACAGCAGAUCUGUGAGGAAGAAGAGGAUGAGGAUGAUGAAAAUGAGCAAAACAGGGAUGAAGUGAAGCUUGAGGUGGCACCAGGUAAAUUGGAUCCUCUUCCUUCAACAGAUCUCCUCUUAAAACCUUCUAGAACAUCUUCGCAAUCAGAGAUUCAGAAGAGAACAGGGAAGCCGUCUUGUAAAGUGCUGAGAAACUGUGAAACUCUGGCUGAGGAGGAGGAACUUGAGGAAGGGUCAGGAAUCACAGAAGAGCAGAAGAAGCCUUUGGAUUCAGUGUCUAACGUCACUUCUGGCACCAUGGAACAUCAAGUACAGAUGCCCACAAACACUGAAGCCCAUGUGGAAGAGUUAAACCGCACAGAGCAACCAAGUAGAGGAAAGGACAAGAGUGUUUUCCCACACCCUAGCUUGUCUUUAGUUGAGCAAGAAGGAGAACAGAUUCAAGGUCCAAAAAUAGAUGAACUUUCACCACCUCCCAGAAUGGAUGUUGUACAGUGCUGCUGGGCACAGCGUGAACCUUCAAAGGACACUCUAGAAAACAACAAUAACACCUUAGCCAAAUCUCGACUGCUUGAAGUUGGGGUUGUGUCAACUGCUUGUGAUUCCCCAAGGUCCCUGCCAAGGAACCACUGUGUGGACCUGGGUCCUGAUGGGGUGGAGAUGCGUAAGAGUGCAGGUGAAGUUGAAAAACCUGAGGAGGUACAACCUAAACCUCAGAAAGUCCUCCAGGGAACCAGGGACACAAAUAUUGACCCUGCUGUCCGGGCUGAUCCCAGCAAGGUUAAGAACGUAAACUUGCGAGAAUGUCUGCUGCAGUUCCCACUCUGUGAGAAAGCCUUGUCCUUCAACAUUCAGCCCACCUCUAAAGAGAAGCUUCUCCCAUUUGCACAGUACAACUGCUGCCAUGUGUUGUAGAGGUUGUAAUCCGAGAUCAAGGAACAAACUGAUGUCAACAGAAACCAUCCGACCUCUACAACCCUGCAACUCUCUGGAGUUGUUCAGACAAAAAAACCUGUGUUCUCACCUCAUACUGUAACCUCAGAGGUGCUUUUCCACACAAUCUACUUAUUCUAUAUCUUUAUUUUCUUUCCCUACCGGCAUUCCUUGCUGCUUUCUUGUAUAACAGUUAUCCUCUUGGCAAUGCUGUGUGUAUGAACACCUGUAUCUACUGACACUGCUCACUAUAUUCUGUGCUAUCUCAGAGACUUUUAUUAGAAAUAGCAUAUGUCUUGCUAGCGUAGGAGCUUUAAUUCAAUAACUUAUAAUUUUGCACUGUAAUAUCUUUACCACAAUAAGAGUCCCACCGAGUUUAGUCGUAUCGCUAAGCGAGUUGAUGAAGACCAUGCUUCAGAACAACACAUAAGAAGCCAACACAUAAACAUAUGAUAAACAAUCACAACAGUGGAUGUUUAGAUUCAAGAACUAGCCGUUGAUUUAGUAGUCCUGACAAGUUUUUUCACUUGGUUUGUUUUUGCAGGCAACUGCGAGGCAGUGGUCUUGCUCUGAACUUUUAAGAAGUUGCAUGCUGUGGCAUUGUUUACGUUGUUCCCACACCACUGUCUCAUGCUAGCAUGUUUGCUAGCAUCUGUACCCUCAGGCAGUGGGGCAGGAAGCAGAACUCAUCGCCACAUUGAGACACUGACAGUUUGGGAGCAUGGUUAUGAGAGCAUGCUUAAUCAGAACAGCUUAGCAUAGCAUUAGUAUUUUGUGAGCAGGGGACUGCAAAAGGAAAGAUGCUAAAUAUAUCUGUGAUAUAUUAUUUUCAAAAAAAAAAAAAAAACAAGAAGAGGGAUCAAACAGAGAUUAUUCUGAGAGGUUAUGACAAGAGACUUUUUUGUGAAAUGGACACAAAACAGAAGACUGGUCUUCCUGGAGCUAUAUUUUAGGGUUUGUUUUAAAACUGCUAAUUCUUUUAAUAUGGAUUAAUAUUACGAAGCUUUUCUCAAGUAUUAGAGAGUUAUCAAGGUUUUUUUUGAAGAGAUGGUGACAUACAUUUUUUCCUUUUCUUUCUUUUUUUUUUUUACAUAAGAUAAUAGAAGGAGAAUUAUUAUAUAACAUUCUGGGGUUUUUUUUAUUGUCUGCCUCUGGGUGCAUCUUUAACAUACAUUGUAAGGUUAUAAGCUGUUUGAAACAUCCAGUCAUGUACAGUGUAUAUAAUCUUUUGGACAUAUUGGUAUGAUGUUGUAUUUUGACCCUUGCACCAUAUACAUACCAAGCAUUUCAACCCUUUAUUUUAGAUCUUAUUCAGUGAACGUAGCAGUUUGAUGACAAUAGUUGACUGACAAAAAGGUCAUAUAGUUUCUUGUGUCAUAGUUGUAAAUACAUUUGAAAAGUUGUGCAAACUUAACGCUAAAUAGCGUAGCUGAGUAUCUUAAAAUGUACAUUGAAAAUCCAGCCUUCAUAUGAUACAAUGGUAUGAGUGAAGCUAGCGGUUACUGUUGUUUUCACUUCCUAAACAGCCUAAACACAUCUUAAAAAUGUAGAUAGCAAAUGUGACUGUGGUUACUGUUACUUUGGUACUCAAAGCAAUUCAGUCACUUCACAUGUUCAUAAGUUUCUGCGCACCUGUCACGGUGAAUUACAUUUUUUGGUCACAUGUAGAUAAUGAAAGUGCAAAUGUCAAAUACACUUAUUUUUGUUGCAAUAUCAUGGACCACAAAUAAGCUUGACCAAAUGCACAAGAAUGCACAAGAAUGUUAGCGGUGCUUUGGGGAGAGAUAGCAAGAAAUAUAGACAAAUUACAUCUCAGUAAGUUCUGAAAUUUGAAUUUUCAUUCCCUCACUAUGUUUAAUCAAGAAACAGCCAUCCUGACCUGGGAUGAUUUGUAAGUACAACCUUCUGGACCAAUCAGAGGGCAGAAUGAUGUAAAGCUAGACAUGCACUAUAUUUUCAUAAUCAGCAUUUUAUUUUCUACUUAUUUUGAAGUUUCUCAUUUGACAUGGGUCUCAAUCCAUCAAACAUCUGUAAUCGCUUUACAGCGAAAGUUGGAUUUGGGUUUGUCUAUAGUCCCAUUGACCCUUACUAAACUAUGACUCAAUGAGAUUAAUUUAUUUUUAUAUUUAUUUAUUAAAACUGAUUAAACUGC